AUUUUGCUAGCGCCCCCUCCCUUAGGCCCGCUUGUUGGAACAUCCAUUUUCUGCUGGGUGUGCCCUCGACGCGAGUUUGAUUAGAAACUCUGUGUCGCUAUUUUAUAGUUCAGAUUCAGUUAUUUAUCAAGUUCCUUAAACAUUUUGUGUGUCUUUUGAUUAAUUCAGGGCAGGAAUGGCUGCCAUCCGAAAGAAACUUGUCAUCGUCGGUGAUGGUGCUUGUGGUAAAACCUGCCUGUUGAUCGUCUUCAGCAAGGAUCAGUUCCCUGAAGUGUAUGUCCCAACUGUAUUUGAAAACUAUGUGGCAGAUAUUGAAGUUGAUGGCAAACAGGUUGAGUUAGCAUUGUGGGACACUGCUGGUCAAGAAGAUUAUGAUCGAUUGCGUCCUCUGUCGUACCCGGAUACGGAUGUAAUCUUGAUGUGUUUCUCUGUCGAUUCUCCAGAUUCGCUAGAGAACAUUCCUGAGAAAUGGACACCCGAAGUAAAGCACUUUUGCCCUAACGUCCCAAUAAUUCUUGUCGGGAAUAAAAAAGAUCUUCGAAAUGAUCCCGCCACUAUUAAAGAAUUAGCCAAAAUGAAGCAAGAGCCAGUCAAGCCAGAAGAGGGCCGAGCUAUGGCAGAAAAAAUUAGCGCAUUUGCCUACCUUGAAUGCUCGGCCAAGAGUAAGGAAGGUGUCCGUGAAGUCUUCGAAACCGCUACGCGAGCUGCCCUUCAGGUUAAGAAGAAGAAGAAGCCCAAGUGUACCAUUUUGUGAAAGGUUGGAAUCGGGAGAGGAUAUGAAAACAUUUGCAUUGGCCUUUUUUUCUUCUAUGUGAAACUACCAACCAUCGGACGACCUUUUUCAGACGAUUUAUUCCUUUUGUGUUCGUCUCUUCGAUUAUUACUACAGCAACAAAUUUUCUUCUCCCAAUUUCUCGUAUAUUUCUGGUAAAUACAGUUGUUUCAAAUCCCGA